CUCGCCUGUUCCCUGAAAGAAAAUUGCAUUCAUUUGGACAUUCAUACGUCUCUGUGUUAGUUGAGCCAAUCUACGAGGUUUUAUCGCUGGUAACGGCAGACUUUGACCCGACAUAAUGCCACUGCGGCUAAUCUGAUAUCAAGGUGUGGUCCCUGUUUCAGCUGUCAUACUCUCCCUAUAGCAGAUGUCGUGUGGCCGGCGUUGAUAGAGUGCGGACACGACUUCAAAAUCACGACCAGCCCAACCCAUCUUCUUAAUAUCGUCACCCUACCCUACCUACUAGAAUUAGACUUUGGAGAAACUUAGGCGAGGCGCGAGAAACAGAACAAGCAUUCUCCUACCACGAGGGCAAGUUUUCGGGCCACAGACUGAUUACUACGUACUCGCGAAAUCUAAAAAGCUUUAACUUACCAGAGCUCUACAUAACUCAAUGAGUCAAGAAGGUUCUAUAAGUGCGGAUCCGCUGGAGGCCAGGAUCGCCUCGAAUCGUACCGCUCAACAUAAUCGAUGUCUCCAGACGACGGAUAAUGAAAUGCUUGUCGAAUCUUCGGACAGGGCCACAUCAGGCAACACCCUCGCGACCCCGACAUGUAACCAGCUCUCACGACCUUUUUGCAGAGAUUUUAAUUGGCCUCAGCAGUUCUCUCAAAAACCAAAAACAGCCGCAAUUCCUGAAGAUAGACCAUGGGCAAACUUUCAUGAGGGCUGCAACUCGCCGAAAGAUGCCAUCAGCCUGUUCCUCACGUCUGAUGACGACGACGUAAGCUAUCAUGGUCGCGUGCGUGCCAUCCUCGAUGCCUGUCAUUACUUGGAUCUUCACGACCUUCCUAGUAUCGAAUCUCUCGACGGAGAGAAGCGGGUAGCUUGGCUGAUAGACAGUCAACUCGUUCAUGGCGUGGUGAGAACCCGAGACUGCUCGGGGUCAUUGACUGCCCGUCUACUCGCUGAGGUUUUGUCGAAGCCACGCUAUCAGAAAUGCCUUACUUCCAAUACUCGGGAACAGGGGGAUACAAGAGAGAUGACCAAGUGGGAAGAUACCCAAGCCUUUGACGCUGAACGUCGCUUGCUUUUUCUCACGAACCUGGAUUGUUGGAGUGUCCUGGCGAUUGUGAAAACUGCCACCUUAUCUCAGACUAAGCUGCUUGGAGACUUUUUCUACAAGCAUCUCAAUUCCAUAACAACGGUUGGGGUCCUAUUCGAGGCCUGGGGAUAUCCAAUAUUCUCCCUCGAAUUUCACUUCCCGUUCCGAGUCUGGCGAACAUCAGAAAGUCUUCUGAAAGAUGAACGAAUCAAGAGCUCAAAUAAUGACGCUCUGAGAUCAUCAAGAGAUGUCACAUGCUUAAUGCCUACAGGGGAUGGAGACAAAGCGAAUCAGGUUCACGGUAUCUACUCAGGCCACAUUGCUUGUUUGGUCAGCGGUCAUGAUUAUUGGCGGUGGACAGCACACUCCUGUAUCGACACAUGGUUCGACCAAGAUGAAGGCAUAAAUGAACAGGUAAUACGUUAUGCUAAUGACAUGCAAGACGGAAGGGGAUGCGAUUUUGACCCGGACCCUUGCAGCGGUGGACAUGACGCCAGCAAGCUGUACUGGCAUCCACGCAUUUGGUUUCUCCGCAUGUUUAGCUUCCGGCUUGCUCAAAUCAAAGAUGAAUGGGAAAGUGUAUGCUUUCACUUGGGGCAAAGCCUCGAGAGAGAAGAUCGGAAGUAUAAGAUGCUGCUCCGUAAUUUGAGGCAUUCACCUGGACUUGCCAACACCGAGCAGCACAGAUUUCAGGUCGAUGCCUUGGAGAAUUCGAUGCUGAAGUCUCAAGAUAUCUUGCAGGAUCUCAUAAGCGUUAUCAGAGAAACGGUGAAAGUCGGAACUUCUUUCGUUUCAACUGAAGUGAACUUCUUCCUCAACGUUGACGGGCAACCUGGAGAUGCGACAGACUGCUAUCCGUAUCUUAGCGAUAUCAGGCGGAGAUUCUAUGAGCUAGGCCAGCUCAGCGUUCGACUGGAUAGUUACCAGGCGGAAUGCAGCUCCGUGAUACAAUACUGUCAAGCGCCCAAGAAAACUCCCCCAAACUUCCGAUCAACCUUAGACGAGCGAUGUGCUGUCAGCUUUCAUGGCAUGCUGCAAGUACAGGUUGAGAUAGAGGAAAUGCGAAACCAAUUCAUACAAACGAGGCUAAACGAUGGAGAACUAGUUUCUCUUGAGCCUGAAGGUGUUGAGGAGAUUCGUGUCCUCGAAACUAGCACACUACUUAUGCAGGCUUUCUCACAAACCACCGCACUUUUUAGCGCGGAAGGAGUCAUCGCAUUCGCAAAGAACUGGCAAUCAUUCCUGAUGUCACUUCUGGUCGCUUAUGGUAUUAAUCUCUCGACCGGAACCGCACUUCUCCUCUGGAUCCGAAGAGCGCGUCGAAGAGCACAAGAUGCAUGUGCCUCGGAGCUUUCACGCAGCGUAUUGCCAGGGUUUGUUGCCCCCCUAAGACGCAAUUCGACAAGUCCUCAUGUUAAGUCACAUGUUCUGCACUGGAUUCCCAGCAUCCCUUUCUUCAGAAAGGCCGAAAGCGGCAUUUCUGGCCCACCAGGGGCUUUGCAGAACUUGGGCCAAAACAUCGAAUAUAUUCCUAUAUGCCUUCGAGUCGACGGCAAACGACUUCCGAAGUUGAAUGAUAUCAGUUCGCAAGGGUGUAAUGAUGACAAAUCCUUCUUCAGUUCACUCAGAGAGCUAUUGCUGAGAGAUCGAUGGUUCACCUGGUCUGGUUUCCUCUCGCGGAGUGGGUUGAGGGAGCCGAUUGGAAUGCACUAUGUGGAGUUCGAACUCUAUAAUGACGGUUAUGUUUCGAUAAGGUUUCGACAAAAGGUCCCUCCAAUUUCAGAAGCGACAAGGUACCGGCCGACGGAGAGCCCUUCGUUCGAGCCUGUACCGUCAAAACGUCUUAUGGACCUGUUCAAAAGCACCGCCGACAUUAAUGUUAGCGAUCGUAGUAAUCUCGAUCGGAUCAUUCAUCGCAUUGACGGGCAGCUCCCUCUACAACGAAAGGUGGGCAUAGGCUAUGGUCUGGAGAUUGAAGAAGGCCCGAACUACAACCUUCUGUGGCUCAUCAGGUGGACAUCUGUGGUUUUUUGCGUUGUGUUCGGUGUUAUUUGGGCGGCUAGAACCGGCGAUAUCGAGAGUGGCUUUGCGAUCUCAACCUGUCUAAUAGCAUUUUCGAUUGCUAGUGUUGCGUUCUUAAACUUUGCGGCGUCCAGAGGCUUUUCGGAUAACGAGGAGACGGGACAACACGUAUAAAAGGGCUGACUAACUUAUCUCAUGAACGGCACACGUAGCGUCAAUACAUUUGCACGGAUUUUGGUAGAGGGUGAUAAGGAGUAAUCUGUGAACCUGAAGGUAUUUCAGUUGUAUCCCUCUAGGAAUAAUGCCGAAAUAGCCAGAAUUGGAGAAAGACUGGAGAGGGGUGUAGUAACUCUAUCUGGCAGCUGGUGGGAUAGAGCCCGACGGCCAUUCCAUCGAACUUCAUGUCGCCGAACAAAGUGUGUAAGAUAGCCAGAGGAUGAAUCAAUGCUUUCAUGUUAGCGAG